UCAAUUAUUCUCUCUCUCUCUCCCCCAGAGGCAGAGCUGGCCCCUGAGAAGGAGCCCUCUCCAGGAGAGGCCACAGCUCUGGAGACCCUGCUCAGAGGGGAGGGGCUACUGGAGAAGAAGAAAGACAUCAUCAAGGAGGACGAGACCCUUCUGGAGAUACAGAGGGUCUUGGAAGCAGACGAGAAUGGGGACGGUUUCCAUGACGACGAGGACUUUGAAGUGGACACUCCGAAGAGGAAGCAGAGGAAAGGAAGGGGCAGAGGGUCCAGUCGCAGGAGGACAGAAGCUGCUACCAACGAUGAUGUGGAUAAACCUUACGUCUGCGACAACAGAAACAAACAAAAGCAUAACUCAAAAACUGCCGACUCAGGUAUCUGGAUAUGCGCGCGUCCUCUUUUCUCUGCGUGGCUUCUCUCUAACGACGAGACCAGGGACUCUGUGGCAGCGCUACAAGAACCGCUGAGUUUCACCACACCCUCAAGCGAGAAGGGAGAGGAGGAGGAGGAAGGGCAAGGAGCCACGACUGCCCGCCACCCAACCGGCCGACCAGACCCAGACAACCACAAAGCUCAGAGGGCGGCAGACGGUUCCAUCAUCCCUAACGACUACUGUGACUUCUGUCUGGGAGACUCUGACUCCAACAGGAAGACUGGCCAGGCUGAGGAGCUGGUGUCCUGCUCUGACUGCGGACGCUCCGGUGAGUAGACUGCUCUACAGACUGCACUAUAGACUGC